GGAUGCCGGAGGGACACAAAGCCGCCGGGGAAGUAGCCCUCGGCUCGUCCCGGGAUGGGGGCGCGGCGCCGGCUCCGCCUGAUGGUGCUGUGGGGCUCCGUCGCACUCUUCCUCCUGCUGCUGCCCGCGGCCGAGCCCAUCUGCCCCGAGCCGUGCGACUGCCAGCAGCACCAGCACCUCCUCUGCACCAACCGGGGCCUGCGCUCCGUGCCUAAGGCCGCCGAGCCCCAGGAUGUCCUCACCUACAGCCUGGGAGGCAACUUCAUCGCCAACAUCUCCGCCUUCGACUUCCACCGCCUGGCCGGGCUCCAGCGCCUGGACCUGCAGUACAACCGGAUCCGCUCACUGCAUCCCAAGGCCUUUGAGCGCCUGGGCCGGCUGGAGGAGCUCUACCUGGGCAACAACCUGCUGCCUGCGCUGGCCCCCGGCACGCUCAGCGCGCUGGCCAAGCUGCGCAUCCUCUACGUGAAUGCCAACGAGAUUGGCCGCCUCAGCGCCGCCUCCUUCUCUGGCCUCAGCAGCCUGGUCAAGCUGCGCCUGGAUGGCAACGAGCUCGGCUCGCUGGGCGACUCAACCUUCUCGGGGCUGCCCAAUUUGCUCUACCUGCACCUGGAGUCCAACCGCAUCCGCUGGCUGAGCCGCGGUGCGUUCACCGGCCUGGCCAGGCUGCGCUUCCUUGACCUCUCUGGGAACCAACAGAGCUCCCUUCGCCACCCGGAACUCUUUGGCCCACUGCGGUCCCUGCACACCCUGCUGCUGGCCAGCAACAGCCUGCAGCAGCUGGCAGGGGGGCUUUUUCAGCACCUGCCCGCCUUGGCCAAGCUCUCGCUCAGUGGCAACCGACUGGCUCACCUGGCACCGGACACCUUCACGGGGCUGGGCUCGCUGAAAGAGCUGCGCCUCGAGGGUAACCAGCUGAGCCACCUUCCUGCCACGCUUCUGGAGCCGCUCAGCAGCCUGGAGGCGCUGGAUCUGAGCCGCAACGCGCUGACCGCCUUGCACCCCACCACUUUUGGCCGUCUCGGCCACCUGCGGGAGCUCAGCCUGCGAGACAACGCACUGGUCACGCUCCCCGGUGAGCUCUUCGCCUCCAGCCCGGCUCUCUACCGCCUGGAGCUGGAAGGGAACUCCUGGAGCUGCGACUGCCGGCUCCGCGGCCUCAAGCGCUGGCUGGGGGCCUGGCACUCGCAGGGCCGCCUGCUCACCGUCUUCGUGCAGUGCCACCUGCCGCCUGCUUUGGCUGGCAAGUACCUCGACUACCUGCAGGACAACCAGCUGCCACCGCCACCCGACGGCAGCCCCUGCCUCAGCAGCGCCUCUUCCUCCGCAUCCCCACCGCCGGCUGCUGAAGGGCUCGGUGCCAAUAGCAGCAGGGCCGUAGGGCAGCCUCGUGGGCCCCCG